AUGGCCUCGGACCGCGAUCACGGAACCUCGGGCGACCGCCCCCGUGGCGACCUCCCCGGCGACCGCGCGGCUGCCUUCGAGUCCACCAACCCGGGGGACAGAAACUGGUCCAACGGCGGCCAGAGGACGCCAGAGAGCCUGCGUGGACUCAAGCUGACCAGCGCGGGCCUCCCCACAGGAUGGACCGACGAAACGUCGCCCCGCAAGAGCGAAGAGAGAAAUCGAUCACGACAGAGAAACGGACGUGCCGCCAGCGGCCAGACGCGCAUCUGCAACAAGUGCGGCGAGCCCCUCACCGGCCAGUUUGUGCGAGCCCUGGACGGCACGUUUCACCUGGAUUGCUUCAAGUGUCGGGACUGCGGCCAGAUUGUGGCAUCCAAGUUCUUCCCGGCCGAUGAUGAAAACGGGCAGGGCCAGUACCCGCUGUGCGAAACCGACUACUUCCGACGACUGGGCCUGAUAUGCCAUCAAUGCGGCGGCGCCCUCCGCGGCUCCUACAUCACCGCCCUCGAUCGCAAGUACCACGUCGACCACUUCACCUGCUCGCUCUGCACCACCGUCUUCGGGGCCCAGGACAGCUACUACGAGCACGACGGCAACGUCUAUUGCCACUACCACUACUCGACCCAACACGCCCAGAGGUGCAACGGCUGCCAGACGGCCAUCCUCAAGCAGUUUGUCGAGAUUUACCGGAAUGGCCAGAACCAGCACUGGCAUCCCGAGUGUUACAUGAUACACAAAUUCUGGAAUGUGCGGUUGGCCCAACCAACAGGGACGCCGCCGGCCGCUUCCGAGUCCGACCCUCCGGCCAACAAAGACCUGAUCCGCCAAGACGAGGAGCGCAUGGAGGAAAAGGUGUACCGCAUAUGGAGCGUCCUCUCGACCUUUGAGGAGUCGUCUGCGGCGUGCAUCUCCGACAUGCUUCUACACGUCAGCAAUGGUUCGUACGUCGACGGCGUCCUCGUCGCCAAGCGUUUCAUCUGGCACGUCGAGGUGCUGUUCAAGUCGGCAGACAGGCUCGACGCCAUGAUGCUCAGCCGCAGCAGCAAAGGCAUGUCCUACGGCCGAGAGGCUAAGCUUCUCUGUAAAAAAAUCGUGGCCUUUUUCUCCUUGCUGUCCAAAACCCAGGACACCAGCAUCCGAAAGCUGGGCGUCACUCAAGAGCUGCUGUCCCUCGUCACCGGUCUGGCUCACUACCUGAAGCUUCUGAUACGCAUCUGCCUUCAGGGCUCACUUCGCCUGGAGCGCGAGGCGGGGAACAGCGAUGGCAUCAACCAACUCCUCAACGAUCUCGCCGAUUUCGAGACGUACAAGACGGACGAGAACAUGCUGCAACUGGCCAUGGGCAGCUCGCGUCUAUCGGCCAAGGACUCAGACCAUUGCGUCGUCUGCAGUCGAUCUGUUGAGGACGAGUGUGCCAAGUGUGGAGAUACGAGGUGGCACCUGGCGUGCCUCAAAUGCGCCCGAUGCGCCCGCGAACUGGGGCGGUCUUUGCGAGAGGCGCGCUUGAAGGUUUUUGACCGCAAAGUAUACUGCAUGGGCUGCGCCUCUGCCAGCGCGGACGGGUCGCCACCUUUCGAGCACAUCACAAAGUUGCAGCAGUACGUCUUUCUCCUCAAGGUUGCACUGGCGCGACUCCUCGAUAUCCUGCGAAGCAACGGCGCUCUGCCCCGUGGCGCAGAAGACGCCAAGGGCGGCGAGCUCGGCGGAGACAAGGCCAGGCUCGGAGCCGGCCCUCCAUUCUUAAAUUCAGAGUCGAGGUCCAAGUCGUACGCGGGCGGGGGCGACAAGGAGCAUCACCGCGAGUCAACAUACGAAAACACUCUCAACGAGGUCAGGAGACUGCGCAGCACACGACUCGAUCGACACCUAUCGUCGAGCGUCAAGCAAGCUCGAACAUCUCGUGUUAUGAACGCAGACGGUCAAGGCCCGCGGCCCGGCUCAGUUGACGAGGAGGAAGGGGGCCCCGAGGCACAGGGGUCAACAGAUCUCAUGUUUGCGCAGAACGACGCCAUCACGCUGGACGACAUCCCCCGGAUCGUUGCCGUCGAGCAGUCGCGCGAGAAGCAGCAGCAGCAGCGCGACCGCAACGCUCGUCCGGAUCCCUUCCGGUCACCCGUUGCCGACCCUAACCGGUCACCCACCCGCAACCGGGCGCAGUCGGUCAGCAGAGACCACGAUGUCCGGGGGUCCGACCCUCUGCCCACCCGGGUGGUCCGAAAAUUCUUCUCGGAGCUCUCUGGGCUAGAAUUUUUCAACGUGCGACAUCUGGCGGUCUUGACCAUGCAGCCCAUGAUCGAGCAGGAGUUUACUCUCGACGACCUCCUUGGCUUCAUCGAGUCGAGAAAGCAGCCGACGUUUUGGAAGAACCUCGGCAAGGCGUUCAAGAACGACAAGAACAGAAGCGUCAAGAAAAAGGGCGUCUUUGGGGUGCCGCUGGAAGUCAUCAUUGAUCGUGAUGGGGCGGACUCGACAGAUGGCGUCGGCCCGGGCACGCUCCGCAUCCCGGCCAUUAUUGACGACAUCAUCUCGUCGAUGCGCAAGAUGGACCUCUCGGUCGAGGGAGUGUUUCGCAAAAACGGCAACAUCAAGAAGCAGCAGGAACUCGUGGACAAGAUCAACGCCGAGGGAUGCGACGUGGUCAACUUUAUGGAGCAGCCUGUGGUGCAGCUGGCGGCGCUUCUGAAGCGAUACCUGCGAGACCUCCCGGACCCGCUGAUGACGCACAAGCUGUACAAGCUCUGGAUCAAAAUCUUGUUCACCUUUUUGAAAUGGGCCGGGUCGUUCCACCAGCUCGACGAGGACGUCGGAUCCAAGAUGGACAUUCGGAACUUGGCAACAGUCAUUGCCCCGAAUAUCCUGACGAAUCCCAACAAGGCUCUCACGUUGGACAGUGAGGCCAUAUUCGUCAUUGACGCCGUCGAGACUCUCAUCAACAAUAUUGAGGAAAUGUGCCAGGUUCCGGACGAGCUCCUCACGCUCUUGAACGAUCCGUACCUGUUUAGCAACCCGGGCGAGAUCACGACCAAGGAGAUCCUCAAGCGCUUCCAAGAUCGACGAGGGCAAGUACCUGUCGCCGAGGUUAGCGAGGUCUUUAACCGGCUGGACACGUCGACGCGCUCUCCGCCGCGACGGGUCGAGACGGACCCAGCCGUCUUGCAGGGCGAGCGGACGGUCCGGCCAGUGCAGGAUCAAGGCGGUUUUUCCGGACCGGAGACGUCGCCGCAAAAGUGGACCGGGGGCGGCGAUCAUCCUUCCCCGUAUAACCACGGCCGCUUCAACCGCUCCGACAGCCAACUCGAGAGCUCCGAGCACAGCCAGCGCGGAGAAUGGCGAAACUCGGCGUGGGGCCGCCGUGGCGGCGGUGUCGGCGUCGGCGGCAACUUGUGA